AUGAGUCGUCGCCAGAAUGGCGGGUCUAAGUCUGGCAACCCAGAGCAGCAGCUGCGUCAGGAGGCGGCCAUCUUUCUACCCCCUGACGUGGAGCACGAGUUGGCCCAAAUUCUGCAGCGGCGUGAGAGUAUAGAGAGGGCGCUGCAGCGUAUGGACGUGGAGGUGUACGACCUAGAGAGCGCAUUUCUAAAGCAUUGCGUGUCGCAAGGUGGCUCGCUCUUUGAUGGCUUCGGCCUGGAGCGUCGCGACAAUGCUCACCGCAACCCUGUGGCGGUGCUGACCCCACUCACGACCUCUUCGUCUUCGAUGGGAGAAGGAGGAAGUGGGAUUGCGCCACUCAGCUUUGAGGCCGCUCCAGGCUCCUCACCAAACUCUCCGCUGCUUUCCACCGUCGCCAGCGGCCAGCACGCGCGCACGUAUCGCGCCCUUUCCAGCUUUUUCGGUGUUGGCGGGGCUAGCGGAGGAAGCAACGGCAGCGCAGCCGCAGACCUGGCCGUUGCCUCACACUCUCCGACGUCACUGAAAGCACUUGGCAGCGCUGCAUCACCUUCCGCAGCCGCGGCCGUCUUUCAGGUCGGCAAGAAAGGGUCGACGGCACCCGCGUUUCACUACCGUAUUCACUUUUUCAGCCCCAGCGAGCGUGUGUUCUCAGCGUGCUCUGUCGGGGCGUUGAGUCGAGUGGAGAUUGCCAAGUCGACCCUCGCCGGAUCGAUGGGUGCGUCGACCUCUUCGACGUGGUCGACAACGGCUGCUGCAGCAGGGCGCGGCAAAGGCUUGGGAAAACGUGGCCGUGCUAGUAGCGGCGGGGACGAGCUCAGAAGCGGCCGGAGCGGUACCGCAUCGCUCUCGAGCGCAUUGGACAGGCAUUCGAAUGCGCCACCGUCGCGGCGACAUCAACGACACGCAAAGGAAGAAGGCAGCGUCGGUGAUGACGGCGUUGCAGAGAACGGCAGCGACGAUCGUCGCUGUCGACGUCGUCAGACCGAGUAG